UCGUUCGUUGGUUUAGUAUGUCGCGAAAGCUAACGCGGUAUCCAUCGUGGAGUGGCGAUAGCAGUACGAUAAAUAAUUAAAUAAAAAUCCACGAAAUGUGAAAAUUAAUUUUGACUUAUUUACUGUUCAAAAAAUCCAGUGAACCGCAAAUGUGACACGGUUUGUUUCCGAGCAAUAAAAAAUUUCACCUUGUUUUUAAACUUUAACUUAGCCCGCCCUCACGUUCGUCAAAGUUAAUCAAAGUAUUUAGAUAUGAAGGUUUUAAAAGAAAUUUGACAAAUUUUUUGUCAAUCCUAUUGUCAGACCACCUUUACAGCCAGUCAUCUCAAGUCCAUCUCACUAUGCAAUGUGAAAAUAAUAAUGGACAGCAACAGGAAGAGGAGAGAAAAUUUCGACUAAAAUAUAUAUUACAUAACAUUGUCCCCAUUCGUGAGUUCGUAUAUAUUUAACUAUAAAAAACGUACGUACAUUUCAUGAGUAGAAAAAAGAAGGCAAAGUUAUGCUGAAAAUUCGUUCGGUAACCGCAACCGAUCAGUUCUGGUGAGUUUCAAAUUUUUUUUCUCGUUCGAAAAGUGACGACCAAUGUACGGGGUGUUUACUAGUCUCUGAACAAUCGUUCGAAAAACGGCUUCAAGGUGAAGCGAAACGCGUCGGUAAGGCAUCACCGCAACUACCAGGCGGAACCUGCGGUUGAAACGGAGAUGGCGGACAACGUUCUCCAGAGGAAAGGCCGUUCGGCUUCGAUAUGCGCCCCCGGUUUUUCAAGCAUGGAACAAAUGCUGGGGGCGAUUCCUCCCUCGGGUGUUUUAAAGGACGGUAACGGUGGGGGUGGAAACGUGGGUGCAACCAGUGGGAAUGGAUGCGGUACCGGAACCCCGGAAAAUAGUACGCCGACUAGAAAACGAAGACCUGCUACGAGGUCCCAAAGUGCGAGGGUCUCAGGGGCGAACAAAAGCAUCAGAAGAAGAGCCGCUGCUCAAGCAGCCGCUGCUCAACAUCAUCAGGAAGCGAGCGUGAAAUCGGCUCAUUGUAACAGUGAGCCGCGAUUAUCCGAGAAUGAAGUUAGUCCCGGUCUCAGACGUCGCGGAAGUCGACGUGGACAGAGUAUGCAUCACACUCAUCAUAGAAAAAGCGCCGCAUUUCUCGACGUCCCGGACUCAUCUAAUCAACAACCGCAACGAGAAGAAGGAGAAGACGAGGACAGCUACAGACUCCGCAGUUUCAGCCUCACUAGCAAGGGUGUCGUCAACAGGGGUGAUUCGUUCAGAAGGAGACGCUCCAGAUCGAAUUCCCUGGUUCCCGCGGAACAGGAGGCAGAAGAGACGAAAACUUUACCACCAACGGAAAUAGUCUCGUACACGGUAGCGAUGCUCGGCGCAAGGGGCGUAGGAAAAACCGCCCUGAUCAGCCAAUUCAUGACGAGUGAAUGUAUCAACGCCUACGAUCGUCAAAGAGACGUACCCAGUGAACAGUCGGUCUUCAUAAUGUUGAACGGAGAAGAAAGUGAGCUGAGAUUUUUGAACAUCACAAAUCCAAAGGCCGAGUUGGACAAGAUAUCCCAACCAGGUGCCUUCGUUGUGAUGUAUUCGGUGACCGAUAAAGCAUCCUUCCAACGAGCCGAAGAACACCUUGCCCACUUACACGAUCAGGAUCUCCUCAGAGGAAGGCCGGCCAUAUUGGUCGGUAAUAAAAUUGACUUGGCUCGUUCAAGGGCAGUUUCUUCCCAAGAUGGGAAAUGUAUGGCGUGUACCUACCGUGCAAAAUUCAUCGAGAUAUCUGUGGGUAUAAACCACAACGUGGACGAACUUUUGGUUGGUAUUUUAAAUCAAAUACGUUUAAAAUGGGUUCAUGCGCAUUCGGAAAAUCGUGGUGGCGGAGGAGGCGGCGGGGGUGGCGGGGGUGGUGAGGGUGCUGGUCACUGGUACAAGUCGAGAGGAGUGGUCAGAGCUAGUAUGAAAGCACGUCAAAUGUUCACAUGGCUUUUUGGAAAAGAAGAUAGCAAAUUUAAAAACUGCGAGAAUCUCCACGUUUUGUAAGUUGAGAGAUAGAAAAUUUGUUAAACUUCCGCUCACCGCUAGAACAAGGUUUUUUAUACGUAAGGAUCUUGUCAUGAAAGAUAAAUUUAUAAGAAGGUGAAACAAUUAAGUACCUAUAGUAGGUUAAUUAUAUAAUUCUAACUCGUUAUACGAUGACGAGGCGCUCUAUACGGCAACGGUGCUUCCCAAGUAUUCCGGGACUCACAAUAUGUGUGAAGUUACUUCCUGGAAUGUAAUUAAAUAUACAAAAAACCAAAAAAAAAACCAAAAAAAAAUCAUAAAAAUUAAUGAAAGAAAGAGAAAAGAAUGAAGAAAGGAAAGAGAAGAGAAGAGAAUGAAGAAAAUGUGGAUGUCAAAAUGUUAAUAUAAACCAUAUCCAAUUGCUUAUCAUAAUAUUUAUCAAUCUUAUCUCUUCAAAGUCUGAAAUUAUUGGGGGUUGAAGAGUACAAGUGAGUUGAAUUUAAUUUGCAAUUGAAUACAAUUAAUUCAGAGACCGUCUCGAAGAGGAUAUUCGAGAAUAUAUAAUACCUAUAACCGGAUGUGCGCAAGUACUGCAAGAAGUUGGCUUUCUUAAAAAUUAGAUCUUGUCGCGUUCGUUCCUAUAUUAAUUACUUGAUAAUUAAAUUGUUUCGUUGAUACCUCGCGCGUUUUCAAAAUUAUCUUAAUAUUCAGCCAAUUCAAAAUGCAGCGUCUUCUCACGCAGCUCUGAAAACGGUGUAAAGAUAAUAAUAAUAAUAAUGAUAAUGAUAAUGAUAAUGAUAGUAACAUUAACAACAACAAUAAUAAUAAUUUGAAGGUUAUAAGUAUUAACAAACACAUUUGGAAGCGAAUAAAAAAAAUUACCCAAUUAAUUUAAUACAAAAUACGUACAAUUACAUUAUAUUGUAAAAUUUGUGCCAUAAUUAUAUCAGCAAUUUGUAUAACAUACGCGUUAAAUACAUAUACUACAAGAGAAAACAUAUACAUAUUGAUAUGCGAGUGAUAAAAGUCAAGAGAGAAAAAAAACAAAAAUACAAAAAGUAAAUUUUAACGCUACUAUAUAAUAUACAUAUAUAGCUCAAAGCUAUUUCUAAACCAAAGUAAUAGUUUACUGAAUAAAGAUCGAAUAUCUAAUCAGAAAUCGGACCAUGGCAAGACUAGUGGCCAGAUAGCUUAUUCUUUAAUAAACAGAAAAAAAAUGACAAAAAAGUUUGAGAUAGCAGAUAUACUGUACUAUACAAUACGUAUAUAGGAGACAUUCUACCAAAUAAUAAUGAAUUAUGGCGCUAUAUCGUAUCAAAAGUGUUAUUAAAUAAGUCAUUUAUUGUAUUUCGUGUUUAUACUGUUUGUAUGUUUAGCUAGAAUUGAUCGUGAAAUGUUUACAAAAAUUUUUACACCAUGUAAUUCUAAUUACCACAAAUAUUGUGCAUCCAAAAUAAGUUCAAUUAUAACUAUGGUAAAAAAUUCAGAUUUAAAAAAGAACAAGAUGAAAUAAAAAAAAAGAAACUACAGUCGAAACUGCGCAAUAUUAUAAGCUACACAAUAUACUGAAUUAUUUUAAGGUGUCAAUUUCUUUUUUCUCCUAUGCCUAUUUUUGUGUUCUUCAUUUUUUGUGAAUAUAUGUCGUACGUAUACAGGAAUUGUAGGAAAUUUAUAAGUUCAUAGUUUUUGAAUAGUCGAUUUGUGUGUUGAGUAUUUUUUAGUCUAUAUUAUACAAUCAAUGGUCUUUACCAAGAUAAUAAAAAAGAAAGAAAAAAAAAUUAAUUCACGACCAUAGUUGACUGUUUCUUUAUCGAUGUAAUAUUAUGUAAAAUGCAUAAAACUGGCAAGAAAUUUGUACCAAAUGAGUUGUGACUCUGAUGAAGUGCCUUUGAGUAUUUUUAUAAUUGAGUGGUAUUCAUAUCGUUUCCUAUUUCCCACUUUCCUGCUUGAGAAAUGAGUUGUAUAUCGAAACAACAAAAUGUGAAAAUCAACCAGUUACAGAGUUCCCUGUAUUUAACGUUUGUCAGGUUAUUAAAACAUAGUUAUAUAGCUAUGUGUAUGUAUGUGUAAUGUAUAUUUACAUCACUAAUGAGUGCAUUAAUACAUAUUACUCUGGCAUAAAAGAUUUACCGUUAUUACCAACAGAAAUUGCUCCUCUUUUCAAUUUGCCAGAAAUAAUAAUAGAAAUUUAUGUUCCAUAUAAAUGAUAAUUAAAAUAUCGUGCUGCAGUUACGAAACUUUAGAUGAUACGGUGUAAUUCAAAUAAUUAUCGGGCUGAUCCGAAGAAUCCGACAAUUGUACUACGAUAAUUACGUUACAUACGGAUAGUGUUAGAAUAUAAUUCAAUCCAAUCAACUUUUGAUGACGUAAUGCUUUUUAAUUUUGCGAUAAAAUGUCUACACUAAUAUUUGAUCGUAUCGAAUUUAUGUAUGGGUGAAAACCUCAUCGAUGUUCAUUGUAAUAAUGUCGGCUCGCCAUAAGAUGUGAAAUGACAAUACUGCCAGUUCUUUCAACAACAA